UGUCCCGAUCUAGAUCGGCCUCUCCCUCACCCCUUGCGCCGCGCCCUCCUUCCCUCGCGCUGGCACCGGCGGCGCCCUCCUUCCUUUCUGUCACCGGCGGCGCCCUCCUUCCCUCGCGCUGCACCCGAACCUUGCUCCCGCUCCCAGCUCUUCUUCCUCCUCUGCUGCAGCUAGGGUUUCGUCUCCCCGAUCCCCAAUCCCCGAAGCUCGGAUCCAGCAGCAGCAUCAGCGAUGGCGGCCGCGGGAGAUCCUCUCCAAGGUCAAGCACGUCCAGGCCAAGCCUGCUGGCCGCCCUCGCGGGUGACUGCCUCCGCGGUGACGACAACGACCUCGUCGUCCCCGGAGGCCGCGGCGCCCCUCAAGGCCGACCUCCGCCACGUGAGUGAUCCGUCCAUCUCGUCUCUCCAACAGUUCAGUUCUCGCCGCUUCGAAUCCUUUGAUUCAACAAGAUAUUGUGUACCACUUCGGUGUUCCGGAUGCACGCACGAGUUCGACCUGGACAAGCCGCCGGUGCUGCAGGAGGUGGCGGAUUUCUUCAGUGGCCACGGAAUCGAGGACUUCACCUUCAGCAGGGGCAGGCUGCCAGAAUGGCGUUGCCGGGCAAAGCUAGCCGGAACACCAGAGAAACCACUGAUUGGCCUGUAUCAGGAACGGGCACGUACUGUUCAAGAUAUUCCCGAUUACAGAGGUAGGACAGGAGGAACAGCGACAACCGGCCAUGGAAACCCACUGCAGCCUUCAAGACCUCGACGACGGUCGGUGCUAUGGGGAUCCUGA